CUGUGGUGCCCACUAUCUGGUGACUGGUAUCUUUACUUUGUUUACAUUAUUUUAUAUUUAUAAACAAUAGAUAUAUGAAAGAAGUUGAGAUAUUAGUUAAUUAACUUUCUUAGUGAAAUCACAUAUAAAAUAGCAUAAUGAAAAAUACAAUACCUUAGAUGGAAUUAACAAAUCUAUUAGGGCUUAUCGGACUAACCUACAAAAAUAUUGUGAUUUAAAAAAGUGACCUUAAAUUAAGAGUGGAAAUGUGUAUAUUAACAAGAGGAUUGAUACGCGUGAAAAGAUACGCUCAUAUAUGCAAGUUCAGUACACAGGGUUGCCGUCGACAGAAGAAUACUACAGGUGAUAACCCACUUGAGCUGAAUAAUACCAUUAUUGGUGCAGAAGAAGAUGGAAGAUGGCCUAGAAGAAUAGUAUCAGGUCUACAACCAACUGGAGCCUUGCAUGUUGGUAAUUACUUUGCUGCGGUGCGCCGUUGUGUACAGCUGCAAGAGCAAGGACAAGAUGUGAUGAUGUUUAUUGCUGAUUUGCAUGCUUUAACCACAAAACAGGUGAGCCCGGCCGCGAUGCAAGACAACACACUGCAGUUGACGGCAUAUCUGCUGGCCAGCGGCUUGGACCCGGCGCGCACCGUGCUGUUCGCGCAGUCGGCCGUGCCGCGUCACGCCGAACUGUGCUGGGUGCUGACCUGCCUGGCCACGCAGGCCCGCCUCGCACAUCUGCCGCAAUACCGCGAACGCACCGCCGGCGGCGGCGACCUCGGCGCCGGGCUACUGCUGUACCCGGUUUUGCAGGCGGCCGACGUGCUGCUCUACCGCGCGACGCACGUGCCCGUCGGCGCCGAUCAGCUGCAGCACCUGCAGUUGGCCGCGUUGCUCGCGCGCACGUUUCGGCACCGCUACGGCCCGGCCUUUCCGACGCCCCGCGCGUUGCUGCCCGCCGACGGCAGCGACCGCGUGCGCAGCCUGCGCGACCCCGCCAAGAAGAUGUCCAAAUCCGACCCGGACCCCAAGUCGCGCAUCGUGCUCGGCGACUCGGACGACGCCGUCCGCGCCAAGAUCAGAAAGGCCGUGACCGACUUUACGCCUCAGGUGACGUUCGACCCGGCGACGAGGCCGGGCGUGUCCAACCUGGUGCUGCUGCAGUGCCUGGCCGAGGACAAGACGCCCGAAGAGGUCACCGACGAGGCGGGGGGACUGACGACGGCGCAGUAUAAGCGCGUGGUGGCCGAAGCGCUCGUUUCCGUGCUCGGCCCGAUGCGUGCGCGCGCCGAGGAGCUGCAGUCGCGGCCGCGGCUGCUGCGCGACGUGCUGCGCCACGGGGCGGCGCGCGCUCGGCGCCGGGCCGACGCCGUGUACGCCGACGUGGCCGCGCUCACGGGUUUGGCGCCGGUCGAGCUCGUGGAGGCCGACAAGAAGCUGAAGGUUGCGUAGAAUGGAGCGUACCUCAGAGCGGGUGGUGGUGCUGGUGCUGCAUGGCCAGGUGGUCGUGGGUCGCGGGCGGAGGUGCGGGGGGUCGUUCGCGCAGUAGCGUCACGAGGUCUCGCAGCAGGUCCACGGCGUGCACGACGGCCUCGGCC